AUGCCAACUGACACGUCACCACUUUCCGGCGAAACUGUCUGUGUUACCGGCGCCGGCGGGUUCAUAGCCUCUUGGCUUGUGAAACUUCUCUUAGAGAAAGGUUACACUGUAAGAGGAACAGUGCGAAACCCAGAGGAUCCGAAGAAUGGUCAUUUGAAAGAGUUGGAAGGAGCGAGGGAGAGACUAACUCUGCAUAAAGUUGAUCUCUUCGACAUUAACUCCAUUAAAGCUGCUUUUCAAGGUUGCCACGGUGUCUUCCACACUGCUUCUCCGAUCACCGAUAACCCCGAAGAGAUGGUGGAGCCAGCAGUGAAUGGAACGAGGAAUGUGAUAAUAGGAGCUGCAGAAGCAAAAGUGCGACGGGUGGUGUUCACUUCGUCAAUUGGCACGGUGUAUAUGGACUCCAACACGAGUAGGGAUGUGUUGGUUGAUGAAUCAUUCUGGAGUGAUUUGGAGUACUGCAAGAACACCAAGAAUUGGUAUUGCUAUGGGAAGACGGUGGCAGAACAAACAGCAUGGGAUGUAGCAAAAGAGAGAGGGGUGGAGUUGGUUGUGGUGAACCCAGUUUUGGUUAUUGGGCCAUUGCUUCAACCUACCAUUAAUGCUAGUACAAUUCACAUUCUGAAGUACCUUACUGGCUCUGCUAAGACUUAUGUAAAUGCCACACAGGCUUACGUACAUGUCAAGGAUGUGGCAUUAGCCCACGUUCUUGUGUAUGAGACUCCUUCAGCUUCUGGUCGAUACAUAUGUGCUGAAAGUUCUCUGCAUCGUGGUGAUCUGGUUGAAAUUUUGGCUAAGUUUUUCCCAGAGUACCCUAUUCCCACCAAAUGUUCAGAUGAAAAGAACCCGAGAGUAAAACCCUACAUAUUUUCAAAUCAAAAGCUGAAAAAUUUGGGAAUGGAAUUCACCCCAGUGAAGCAGUGUCUGUAUGAGACAGUUAAAAAUCUGCAGGACAACGGCCACCUUCCUGUGCCUCCAAAGCAAGAAGACUAA